AUGCUAACCCUCUACGCCGCCCGCCUAACCCUCCACCCAAACCACACCAUCCACGCCCUGAGACACGACGACGCAGAACUCGCAGGCCUCUCCAGCAUCUCCAUAACCUUCACCUCCGUAACCCAAACAGCCUCCCUCGCCCUCGCCCCCGGCGGCACCCAGGGCUCGCCAUGGACCGCAACAGUCCACGUCCUAUGGUGGAUCUCCCUCGCCCUCGCAACAACAACAAUCCUCAUCCUCCCCUUCAUCUUCAUCAAAGUCCACCCGCCGGGCGUAUCUCACCUUUCACCCUCGACACAACUAGCAGUCACCGCAGCCCUCACAGCCGCAGCAGCAGGCGGAACCCUCUGCGCCUCCCCCGCAAACCUCCCCGGCGCCCAACAACUCCCCAUCAUCGUCGUAUCCUACCUCCUCAUCGGCAUGGGCCUGCCCCUGGCCUUCGCCCUAGACGUGUUAUUCUGGGCGCGCCUGCUGGGCAACGAUGAGCCGCCCAAGGAGAAGGCCUUUCAGGAUAUGAUCCUCUGCGGGCCCUGGGGCCAGGCGAGCUACGCGCUGCAGAUACUCGGACAGGCCGUCGUCGGCGGUAGCUUCGCGUCGUAUACCGGUACUGACGCCCUUCUCUCCGCAGACGCCGCUGCCGCUCCGGUAGGCUAUGCCAGCAUCUUCGCGGGCCUCGUGGCCUGGGGCCUGGGGACGUACUGGUGGCUCUUUGCUCUCUUAGGCGUCUUUCGCGCCUUCUUCGAGGGCGGCGGCUGGAAACCAAACAGAAUACCGUAUUCUCUUGCUGGAUGGGCCAUGGUUUUCCCUUGGGGCGUCUACACCAAUGCGGCACUCCAGCUGGGUAAGAUUUUCGGGUCGCGGGCUUUCAAGGUGUGGUCUACUUGCUUGGCCGUCUUGCUGGUCCUGGUCUGGCUCUGGAAUUUCGGGUUGACGGUGAAGAUGCUGUUGGAUAAGUUUAAGGCUAGGAGAUAG